AGGUGGAACAGUAUACCCUAAUACUCCCACCUAAGCGAGAAGUGUAGUAUUGUCUCGAAGUAAAUGUUAUAUGACGUGGUCAUACAUUGAUUAAAUCGGCUUGUAACAGUGGUUAUAAUUUUUUUGGGAUUCCCUAGCCUAGCCCUUUAAACCUGCUGGAUUCCAGCCAUUAUACUGAAUGGUCCCAGACACGUGAGUUUGUCUCAAUGUGGUCUCUUCCUUGCCGCAGAAUUUCUAAUGUUUUCUCUGGCUGGCCUCCAGUUUUUUUUUUUUUUUGUGCCGCCUCCUCCUUGUAAUUUUUCACAACCGCCAGCCCCGCCUCCAUCCACCACUACCACCACCACCUCCACCACCCAUUCAUCCUCCUCCCCCUUUCCCUCGCCCUCCUAUGUUUUCCACCCACGGGGAAAAGGUGCUCUUUUACCCAUCACUGCUCAGUCCGUGGGCCGGACUCGUAAUUUUACCAGCCCCAGCAAAGAAAAAAAAAAAAAAAGAUCUCAUCCCAGGCUCAUAUAAUAGCUGUUGAGUAUGUAAUCCACAGACCCUAAGCUAUAGCACAUUCCGUGAUCUUGACAGGAAGGUGUAGUGUCACCGUUUAAUUUUCCAAUGUGCCUUGUUCUCAUUUAAAUGCACUGCAAAAGUAAAACAAAAUAAUACACGACUCUAUGGGAUUUGUUUUUUUCUUCACAUCAGAAGCUCUCUGUACCGUAAAUAUUUCAAGGAUUGUGCAUUAUCACUUUUUAAGUCCCGAGGCUUUUCCCCCACCUUUGCUUGGUCACUGUUUUACCUGAAUGAGAUUUUGUUGAUUAUACGUAUCUACACAAGAGGACUGUCCCUUUCCCGUUGUUUUUGAUCACCAGGACGUCCGGCACGCGGUGCGAGUGCAGAACCGCGUUUCUUAAGGUCGAGGGGCCGAAGAUCGCGAUUUUUUUCCAGCCAAGUCAGGAUGAGCACACGGGGCGACACGAGUGGCCAGUCUACCGCUUCUCAACCGGAUCAACCUGCAACGACGCAGCCUCAGAAGAGAGGUCGGGGCAGACCGCGGAAACAACAGCAAGAAAUCAGUGGAGAGCCAGCCCCUAAAAGACCAAGAGGAAGACCUAAAGGGAGUAAAAACAAAGGGCCCUCCAAGGCAGCUCAAAAGAAAGUGGAGCCCUCUGGAGAAAAGAGACCAAGAGGAAGGCCCCGGAAAUGGCCACAGCAAGUGGUCCAGAAGAAGCCUGCUAAGGGAGGACCUGAAAAGACAUCAUCACAGGAAUCUGUGGAGGAAGAUUAAGCAACCACAAUAUUUCACUUCUACCUCAUUCAGCAGUUGGAUUUUUUGAAGGGAGAAGACAUGGCCUUGACCACUUUUUUUUUCUCUCAUGGUCUUUUUGCCUUAGGAAUCACACACACAGAGCAAAUGGACAUUUUGUUUUAUUUGUCUUUUCUUGUCUUGUCCUUUAUGGUCCCAGAUAUUAGGGAAACACUGCUGUAAAAUGGAACACAGUUUGGAACGUAUGCCUAAAUCAAGAGUAACUAUUUGUAACAUAUUGAUAAAGUUUGAUGGGGCUACUAGGCCAGCAUAAAUAGGUCAUUUCAGCUUUGAGUUGAAUUCAGUCAUUCAGUGCACUGCAUUAAAAUAAGGAGACUUGAAACAUAUGUGGUUAAUAUCAAGGCCAUUCAUAGAAAAGCAUACUUUGUAUUGUAUAUCACUGACAGGCCUUAAAUAACAAAUACUCACACCUUUACUUAGUAAACCCCUUUAAUAGCACACCAAAGAUGUUAGAUAAAUGGUUCCUUUUUAAUAGAAUCUAUUUUUUACUUGAUAUAUUUUUCAUUUGCUGUAAUUUUCAAAUCAACAUGUAUUACGUAAUGAGCUAACCACAGUAUCGUGUAAAUAGAUUUUGUAAAGUCCCUUGAUGGAAGAGGAAAAAUAAAUACACCACUGCAGAAAUCAUGUUCUCCACAUUUGCACACACAUUUAAAUACCAGCGUUUAUUCGAAUGGUCUGCUUCACACAGAAACAAAACUUUGCUCAGGUGAAUAUAUAAUUACUUAAAAAUAGAUCAUAUCUCAAAUGUUCAUUUUACAAUAUUUUUAGAAACAAUGGGGAUCAACGUAAAGGUACUAAUAACAUAAACACAGUGUUUUUUUCCCACUCCUGCCUCACAGCUCCAGAGUUUUGGACACAAAACUCUGCCUGGUCCCUUUCUGUAUGAUGUUUGUACAUUAUUCCUACAUUUGAGCUUUUUGUUUUUGGGGGGUGGGGUACUUCAAUCGGCCAAAUCCCAAAGAUGUUUAAGUUAGGUUGAUUGGCGACCCCAAAUUAGCUUGGAAUGAGUGAGUGAGUUUGGGUCUAUGCAUGACCAUCCCCUGUAAUGGACUCGUCCAGAAGUGGUUCUCUGCCAGGAUUGGGUGCUAGCUAUCUAUAUCCCUAUAAUGGAAAAACUGGCUUUAGAAAAUAGAUAAAAGAAUGUUUUGUUUUUCUUGACCUCAUCAUUGUUUGGGUUACAGUCGUUCAACCAAAAAUCACCAAUGUCUAUUUUUGAUAGCAUUCCAAUGAGAAAAGAAACUCUUUUUUUAUUUUGUAAGUAAACAAAACAGUGGUUCAGUAUUAUUGAAAAAAUAAAACAGAGGUUUCCUCUGGAGAAUCUUUAAGUAUUGUUCCCUGAUCAAGGGAAAGGAUUUUCCCUCUAAGGAAAUUUUAAUCUUUAAGAACAACAGUGUCCCGCUGGAGAUUUUUUCAGUAUUUUCCUAUUGACAAGACAAAGGAAUUCCCUUUAGAGAACAUUUUACGAUCAUCCUUGAAAAAUGAAAGGAUUUCUCACAAGAUAAAUUAUUCACUAGAUCUGUAUUGUUGUUCCAUGGCAAUGGGAAAAGUUUAGCCUUUAUCAAGGAGUUAGGUUUGUGCAGAUAUAAAAGGGUUUCACUGUGAAGAAAUUUUGUGGUCCUGGAGCUCAGGUAAAGGCUUUUACACUGGAAGUUUUUGUAGUCCAAGAGCAAGGGAAUGAUUUUCCUUUUGGAAAUGUUUCGGAAAACGUAGCAUGUAGAAGUAAAGAAUUUCCCUUAGGGAAUUACUGUGUAUUGUUUCACAGAAAAGAAAAAAAAAUUCUGGAGAAUUUUUACUGUUUUGUAGGAAUGUGCACAUUUCUGUGUGACAUCUUUUUUGAUUAGUUUAGCGGACAUUGGAAGGUUUGGCAUAAUUAUUGGAGACCUUAACUCAGACUGAAGAAAUUCAUCUCUAUUUUUUAUACAUUAUACAGAAAAUAUAAAGAGUUUUACUGCGAUAAGAUUUUCUUUCCGUUUUUACAGGAAUGUAUUCCCUUCUAAAUCAAAAAUAUUUCAGAGCUGAAAAAUUACCCUUAAGGAUAAUUUUACAAGUGAUGAUGGAAAUCUCAACGUAUCCAAUGAUUGAAUUUGCUUUUCUGACCUUUGUAGUAUUUUGUUGGUGGUCAAGACUAAGAGAAAGUUUUAUUUUAGUUUCAGGAAAAAAGGAAAGGAGUAUAAGGGAUCCGUGGAGCAUUUUUUUUUUUCAGAUAGUGUAAAUCCACAUAAUAGAGAAUUGUUGGGGUUCUAUUUUUGUCAGGGUUGUUGUGGUGACACAACAUUUCGCACUCUUACCUGACAGUCCCAGCGUCCCUUGGUUUGAGUCCCACGUCUGGUCUAUUUGAUCUGAAAGUUCAUAAUAUUCUGUAAAUGGUCUGAUUUUCCUCCCUUCUCCCCAGAGAUAUGCAGGUUAGUUUAUCUGGUAACUCCAAAUCGGUGGGUGUGUGUGCAUGUGUUCUCCUAUCACUCUUUCAAAGGUAGCUAGCAAUUUUCACCCAGUGCUGCCAUGGUAGGCUCCAACCCCCCCAGGUUCAUGACUUAGAUUAAGCAGGUCUGAAAAUGUAUGUUUUUAUUAGGAAAAAAAAACCUCUCAAAAUAAAAUAUAACAAGAAUACAAUGAUAUUAUUCUAGAAAUAAACAAAAGUAAAAAAAAAUAUGUUACGACAUAUACAAAAUAAUAGCCUACAUAACCAGCUAAAGCUUAAAAGGGACUUUUAUCACAAUGUUCUUUCAAAAACAAAUACUUGUUACCUCAAGAUAUUAAAUAUACAAUUUCAGCAAUAGCAUGACAUAGGAAGAUCAUUUUGCAUGUUUCUGUCAGAAAUGCAAUAUAUAAACUACGUUCAUUCACACCAGCACUUUCAGCAACAAAUGCAAUAUUCACAAUUUCAAACUACCUCUGAUGCCGUCAUUGUCUAAAACAGCAAAAUAUCUUCAUGCUGCUAUCUACAUACAAUGCAGGAAAUAAAAUGGGGCAAUUAAUUACUGAUUUCUGGGGUGUUAAUGUUGUUUUGUUUUUUUUUUCCUUUGCAUCUUUUGCUUCAGCUGUGAGUACGCCAGGCAGGAUUUAAGAUUAACACGACGGUCUAAUGUAAUACCCGAAUUCAAGCUUUUGCAAUAGAACAUACAUAAAAAAGGAUUGUUAACUUGAAUUUAUUUUUGUACUGAUUUGCUCAUAAUUUUAAACACCAUGUUCAUAUUUGACACUACAUGAAAUAAUAUGUAGAUGAAAAGAUAGUUAAAUAUGUUACUGUCCACAUUUGUACCUCAGAUUCAUUUUUACUUUGUUUUGUUUUGCAUUUUUAUUUCUAAAGAAAUGGACUAACCAGUUGACAAAAGCCUACCUCCAGUCAUUAAAAGGAAUGAGUUUUAUUUCAUGA